AUGAUGGCGGCGGCCGGCACCCGGGGAGGUAGCGGCGGCGGAGGCAGUGGCUCCGGUUCUGGUUCCAGCAGCGGCGCCUCGCGGGGCUUCUACUUUAACACGGUCCUAUCAUUGGCCCGCUCCCUGGCUGUGCAGAGACCGGCAUCCUUGGAGAAGGUCCAAAAGCUACUUUGCAUGUGCCCUGUGGAUUUCCAUGGAAUCUUCCACCUGGAUGAAAGGCGGAGAGAUGCUGUUAUUGCACUGGGUAUUUUUCUCAUUGAGUCUGAUCUGCAGCACAAGGAUUCCAUCGUUCCUUACCUUCUUCGGCUUCUCAGAGGUCUUCCCAAAGUAUACUGGGUAGAAGAAAGCACCACUCGAAAAGGAAGAGGUACCCUCCCGAUUGCCGAGAACUUCAGCUUCUGCUUGGUGACUCUGCUGUCUGAUGUGGCGUAUAGGGACCCUUCCCUCAGAGAUGAGAUUUUAGAGGCACUUUUGCAAGUUUUACAUGUCCUUUUGGGAAUGUGCCAGACCUUGGAGAUUCAAGAAAAAGAAUACCUGUGCAAAAACGCUGUGCCCUGCCUGAUCGGAAUCUCCCGUGCAUUUGGGCGCUAUAGCAAUACGGAAGAGUCUCUCCUAUCCAGGCUCUUCCCCAAAGUCCCUCCACACUCUCUCCGAGUCCCUGAAGAGCUCGAAGGUGUCCGGAGGCGUUCCUUCAACGACUUUCGCUCCAUCCUCCCCAGCAACUUGCUGACUGUCUGCCAGGAGGGUACCCUGAAGAGGAAGACCAGCAGCGUGUCCAGCAUUUCUCAGGUCAGCCCAGAACGUGGCUUGCCUGCUCCCAGCUCCCCUGGAGGAUCUGCCUUUCACUACUUUGACGUCUCCUGCUUACCUGACGGCAGUGCCCUGGAGCCAGACUACUACUUCUCCACCAUCAGCUCCAGUUUCUCAGUCUCUCCCCUUUUCAAUGGCGUUACCUAUAAGGAAUUCAGUAUUCCACUAGAAAUGUUACGGGAACUUUUAAACUUGGUGAAGAAAAUUGUGGAAGAGCCUGUGCUCAAGUCCUUGGAUGCUGUCAUAGCCAGCAUCACAGAGGCCAGCCCCAGCAUGGAUCUCCACUACUCCACCUUCAGUGACCCACUCUAUGUGGCCGUGUUCAAGAUGCUGCGAGACACCCUGUACUACAUGAAGGACCUCCCAACCUCCUUUGUGAAGGAAAUCCAUGAUUUUGUGCUGGAACAAUUCAACACUAGUCAGGGAGAGCUCCAGAAGAUUCUGCACGAUGCAGACCGGAUCCACAACGAGCUCAAUCCCCUCAAGCUGCGCUGCCAGGCCAACGCUGCCUGUGUAGACCUCAUGGUGUGGGCUGUGAAGGACGAGCAGGGUGCAGAAAAUCUUUGCAUUAAGCUGUCUGAAAAGCUGCAGUCCAAGACGUCCAGCAAAGUUAUCAUCGCUCACUUGCCCUUGUUAAUCUGCUGUUUGCAGGGCUUGGGCCGCCUGUGUGAGAGGUUCCCAGUGGUGGUGCACUCGGUGACGCCAUCGCUGCGAGACUUUUUGGUCAUCCCAUCCCCGGUGCUGGUGAAGCUCUAUAAGUACCACAGUCAGUACCACACAGUUGCUGACAAUGACAUCAAAAUCAGCGUAACCAAUGAGCAUUCUGAGUCAACCCUGAACGUCAUGCCGGGGAAGAAGAGCCAGCCAUCCAUGUAUGAGCAGCUACGUGACAUUGCCAUUGACAACAUCUGCAGGUGCCUGAAAGCUGGCCUGACAGUGGACCCUGUCAUUGUAGAGGCCUUCCUGUCCAGCCUGUCCAACCGGCUCUACAUCUCUCAGGAAAGUGACAAGGAUGCUCACCUGAUUCCUGACCAUACCAUCCGGGCCCUGGGACACAUUGCAGUGGCCCUGAGGGACACACCCAAGGUCAUGGAGCCCAUUCUGCAGAUCCUGCAGCAGAAGUUCUGCCAGCCCCCCUCUCCUCUGGACGUGCUUAUCAUUGACCAGCUGGGUUGUCUGGUGAUCACUGGAAAUCAAUACAUCUAUCAGGAGGUGUGGAAUCUCUUCCAGCAGAUCAGUGUGAAGGCCAGCUCUGUGGUGUACUCAGCCACGAAGGACUAUAAAGAUCAUGGCUACAGGCACUGCUCCUUGGCAGUCAUCAAUGCCCUAGCCAACAUUGCGGCCAACAUCCAGGACGAGCACCUUGUGGACGAGCUGUUGAUGAACCUGCUGGAGCUGUUCGUGCAGCUGGGCCUGGAAGGGAAGCGAGCCAGUGAGCGGGCCAGCGAGAAGGGCCCUGCCCUGAAGGCCUCAAGCAGCGCGGGAAACUUGGGCGUGCUCAUUCCUGUUAUCGCAGUGCUCACACGCCGACUGCCGCCAAUCAAGGAAGCCAAGCCUCGGCUGCAGAAGCUCUUUCGGGACUUCUGGCUCUACUCUGUCCUGAUGGGGUUUGCCGUGGAGGGCUCAGGGCUCUGGCCAGAGGAGUGGUACGAGGGUGUCUGUGAGAUAGCCACCAAGUCUCCCCUCCUCACCUUCCCCAGCAAGGAGCCACUGCGCUCUGUCCUGCAGUACAACUCAGCCAUGAAGAACGACACAGUCACGCCGGCCGAGCUGAAUGAGCUACGUAGCACCAUCAUCAACCUGCUGGACCCGCCUCCUGAAGUGUCUGCCCUCAUCAACAAGCUGGACUUCGCCAUGUCUACCUAUCUCCUGUCUGUCUACCGACUAGAAUACAUGAGGGUUCUGCGCUCAACAGACCCCGAUCGAUUCCAGGUGAUGUUCUGCUACUUUGAAGAUAAGGCUAUUCAGAAAGACAAAUCAGGGAUGAUGCAGUGUGUGAUUGCUGUCGCCGACAAAGUGUUCGACGCCUUCCUCAGCAUGAUGGCAGACAAAGCCAAGACCAAGGAGAAUGAGGAGGAGCUGGAGCGGCACGCACAGUUCCUCCUUGUCAACUUCAACCACAUCCACAAGCGGAUAAGGCGGGUGGCAGACAAGUACUUAUCAGGCCUGGUGGACAAGUUCCCUCACCUGCUCUGGAGUGGGACGGUGCUGAAGACCAUGCUGGACAUCCUGCAGACCCUGUCAUUGUCGCUGAGUGCCGACAUCCACAAGGACCAGCCAUAUUAUAAUAUCCCCGACGCCCCCUACCGGAUCACAGUUCCCGACACAUAUGAGGCCCGGGAGAGCAUCGUGAAGGACUUUGCUGCACGCUGUGGUAUGAUCCUGCAGGAGGCAAUGAAGUGGGCGCCAACUGUCACCAAAUCCCAUCUUCAGGAAUACCUGAACAAGCAUCAGAACUGGGUAUCGGGGCUGUCCCAGCACACAGGCUUGGCCAUGGCCACUGAAAGUAUCCUGCACUUUGCCGGCUACAAUAAGCAGAACACAACUCUAGGGGCAACGCAGCUGACUGAGCGGCCAGCCUGUGUGAAGAAAGACUACUCCAAUUUCAUGGCGUCCCUGAACCUGCGGAACCGCUAUGCUGGAGAGGUGUAUGGAAUGAUCCGCUUCUCAGAAGCCACAGGCCAGAUGUCCGACCUGAACAGGAUGAUGAUCCAGGAGCUCAGCAUGGCCCUGGACCUGGGCAGCCCGCAACAUUACACACAGGCCAUGUUCAAGCUGACCGCCAUGCUCAUUAGCAGCAGAGAGUGUGACCCCCAGCUCCUCCACCACCUGUGCUGGGGUCCCCUCCAGAUGUUCAAUGAGCAUGGCAUCGAGACGGCUCUGGCUUGCUGGGAAUGGCUGCUGGCAGGCAAGAAUGGCGUGGAAGUGCCGUUCAUGAGGGAGAUGGCAGGCGCGUGGCAGAUGACGGUGGAGCAGAAGCUCGGUCUGUUUUCUGCAGAGAUAAAGGAAGCCGACCCUCUGGCGGCCUCAGAAGCAAGUCAGCCAAAGCCCUGUCCCCCUGAGGUGACACCACACUACAUCUGGAUCGACUUCCUGGCACAGCGCUUUGAGAUUGCCAAGUACUGCAGCUCUGAUCAAGUGGAGAUCUUCUCGGGCCUCCUGCAGCGCUCCAUGUCCCUGAACAUCGGCGGGGCCAAGGGGAGCAUGAAUCGCCAUGUGGCGGCCAUCGGGCCCCGCUUCAAGCUGCUCACGCUGGGGCUGGCCCUGCUGCAUGCUGACGUGGUCCCCAAUGCCACCAUCCGCAACGUGCUCCGGGAGAAGAUCUACUCAACCGCUUUUGACUACUUCAGUUGCCCCCCCAAGUUUCCUACUCAAGGAGAGAAGAGGCUACGGGAAGACAUCAGCAUCAUGAUUAAGUUCUGGAUGGCUAUGUUCUCCGACAAGAAGUACCUCACUGCCAGCCAACUCGUGCCCCCAGAUAACCAGGACACACGGAGCAACCUCGAUAUCACAGUCGGCUCUAGGCAGCAGGCCACACAGGGCUGGAUCAACACAUACCCACUGUCCAGUGGCAUGUCCACCAUCUCCAAAAAAUCGGGGAUGUCCAAGAAGACCAACCGGGGCUCCCAGCUGCACAAGUACUACAUGAAGCGCCGGACACUGCUGCUGUCGCUGCUGGCCACCGAGAUCGAGCGCCUCAUCACCUGGUACAACCCUCUCUCGGCCCCUGAGCUGGAGCUGGACCAGGCAGGGGAGAGCAGUGUGGCCAACUGGCGAUCCAAGUACAUCAGCCUGAGUGAGAAGCAGUGGAAAGACAAUGUGAACCUGGCCUGGAGCAUCUCACCUCACCUUGCUGUGCAGCUGCCAGCCCGGUUUAAGAACACAGAAGCCAUUGGCAACGAGGUGACCCGUCUGGUCCGGUUGGACCCAGGAGCUGUUAGUGAUGUUCCUGAGGCUAUCAAGUUCCUGGUCACCUGGCACACCAUAGAUGCCGAUGCCCCUGAGCUCAGUCAUGUGCUCUGCUGGGCACCCACGGACCCGCCCACUGGCCUCUCGUACUUCUCCAGCUUGUACCCACCACACCCCCUUACUGCACAGUACGGGGUCAAGGUCCUGAGAUCCUUCCCGCCGGACGCAAUCCUAUUCUACAUCCCACAGAUUGUGCAGGCCCUCAGGUACGACAAGAUGGGCUAUGUUCGGGAGUACAUCCUGUGGGCAGCAUCCAAAUCCCAGCUGCUGGCCCACCAGUUCAUCUGGAACAUGAAAACUAACAUUUAUCUGGACGAAGAGGGCCACCAGAAGGAUCCGGACAUUGGCGACCUGCUGGAGCAGCUGGUGGAGGAGAUCACAGGCUCCUUGUCAGGCCCGGCCAAGGACUUCUACCAACGGGAAUUCGACUUCUUCAACAAGAUCACCAAUGUGUCGGCCAUCAUCAAGCCCUAUCCAAAAGGUGAUGAGAGGAAGAAGGCGUGUCUAUCUGCGCUGUCAGAGGUGAAGGUGCAGCCAGGCUGUUACCUGCCCAGCAACCCAGAGGCCAUCGUCCUGGACAUUGACUACAAAUCUGGGACCCCCAUGCAGAGUGCAGCAAAGGCCCCAUACCUGGCCAAAUUCAAGGUGAAACGGUGUGGUGUAAGCGAACUUGAGAAAGAAGGGCUGCGGUGUGCCACUGACUCUGAGGAAAAUGGUAUGCCAGACACUGAUUCUCAAAAGAUCUCCUGGCAGGCUGCCAUCUUCAAAGUCGGCGAUGACUGCAGACAGGACAUGCUGGCCCUGCAAAUCAUCGACCUGUUCAAGAACAUCUUCCAGCUGGUGGGCCUGGACCUCUUUGUGUUCCCCUAUCGAGUAGUCGCCACAGCCCCUGGGUGCGGGGUGAUUGAGUGCAUCCCUGACUGCACCUCCAGAGACCAGCUGGGCCGCCAGACUGACUUUGGCAUGUACGACUAUUUCACACGCCAGUAUGGGGACGAGUCUACCCUGGCCUUCCAGCAGGCUCGAUACAACUUCAUCCGCAGCAUGGCCGCAUACAGUCUCCUGCUGUUCCUGCUGCAGAUCAAAGACAGGCACAAUGGCAACAUCAUGCUGGACAAGAAGGGCCAUAUCAUUCACAUUGACUUUGGCUUCAUGUUUGAAAGCUCCCCUGGUGGCAACCUGGGCUGGGAGCCAGACAUCAAGCUGACGGACGAGAUGGUGAUGAUCAUGGGUGGAAAGAUGGAGGCCACGCCCUUCAAGUGGUUCAUGGAGAUGUGCGUGCGUGGCUACCUUGCUGUGAGGCCUUACAUGGAUGCUGUCGUCUCUUUGGUCACACUCAUGCUGGACACGGGUCUUCCCUGCUUCCGAGGCCAGACGAUCAAGCUCCUGAAGCACAGGUUUAGCCCCAACAUGACCGAGAGAGAAGCUGCGAACUUCAUCAUGAAGAUCAUCCAGAACUGCUUCCUCAGCAACAGGAGCAGGACCUAUGACAUAAUCCAGUACUAUCAGAACGACAUUCCCUACUGA